AUGGCAGUGGACCAUCGACGCGACGAAGGAGCAUGUGGCGGAGACAGCGCGCUUGAGAUGCAGGGAAUACCCGACGAGGCCUCGGUUUCAUACUUUGUUCGGAACUUUACUGCGCCGUCCAAUUAUAAUCUCUGCCGCAAAGAGCGCAUCCUUGGCGAUGGUGUAUGCGCUCUACAGGCAAGUCCAAGGGGGGAGGGUGAUUGUCUCGCGGCACCUGAGGUGCUGUGGCAAUUGCCUGACGCAUGCGAGUCUUCCUCGCAGUGCGGUACUCGGAGUCCCUUGCUCAAGCAACCAUCUAAAGCUCUCUUUUGGUUCCCAAAGACCAGACCAUUCGAUGCUCCACCAUCUCAUCGCGCCACACAGCAAACCGAGCCCAUCCACCGCGUUAGCAUCUCGGAGGCGGUGCUGCUUGUGGCCCAAUCAUGCGCAUGGGAUUUGACAGCAUACAACGUGCCGACCUUCAGAACUGCCUCAGUUAUCGCCACAGACAUAGCCGUCGUCACGGUGACUUGCGAUCAGUUGCGACCGGUGGCCACUACGCGAUUACUACUGCUCAACUUCCCCUCAGAGGCACCCGCAGAAAUGGCCAACUCGUUGACAACUGUUCUCAUCACUGGAUGUAGUCAGGGAGGAAUAGGAGACGCGUUGGCGCGGAGGUUCCAUGAACAAGGUGGACCCGUCGGAUAUGAGGUCUUCGCGACUGCUCGCGAUUCUAGCAAAAUGGAACAUCUCACAGAAAUGGGCAUCAAGACCUUGCAAUUGGAUGUGACUGACUUGGACGCGGUUCGCCGGGUGAAGAGUCAUAUUGCAGAAGUAACUGGAGGCAAACUACAUAUUCUCGUCAACAAUGCCCAUGAUGGCAGUGCUCACGAAUCACAACCCAGCGGUCAAGCCGCCACAGACCUCGACGUGAAGGAAGUUCGGGACCUCUUUGAGGUCAACGUCUUCGCUGUCAUGACGAUGGUUCAGGAGUUCAUCCACAUGCUUAUCGCAUCGGGAGACGCACGGAUCGUGCAGAUUGGCAGUAUUGUCGGUAUCUGCCCUCUGCCGUUCAGCGGAGCCAAUACACUUCGUGUGGAGCUCGCACCUUUUGGCGUCAAAGUCAUCACUGUUAUCACAGGCAACGUGAAGAGCAACAUCGCGAAGCCACGCAGUCUGCCUUCCGACUCCUUGUACAAACCCAUCGAAGCCCAAUAUCAAGCGCGGCGCGUCAAUCCGCAAGGUUUGCAGUUCGAUGCUGUGGGUGCUCAUCAAAGCGGCUCUGACGGUUGUUUGAUACUCCAAGUUUCCGAGAUGGAUACCGACCAGUAUGCAAGGAAGGUCGUCCAGGGAGUAAUAUCGCAGAAUCCCCGCGCAUGGUUUUGGGCAGGAAACCCAACGUGGCUCGUCUGGUUCAUGGACACUUUCCUGGGACGACGCGCAUUCGUAGGCAAUAGUCAUGAUAUCCCGAAGUCGAGGUUUCUGACCAGGUCACAGGAUUCGCUUAUGACGAGGAUGUACGGCCUAGACGAAGUUGCUGCAGCGAUCGCGAAGGAGAAUUUGAAGGAUGUCUGA